AUGGGUGGUGGAUCAAUGGGGAUUCACAUUUGUGCUUGUGUUGUUCUUCUCCUUGUUGCCAUGGCUUCCUCUUCUCUCAUGGUUACUUCACAUGCAGCUUCCACUGAUUGGUCUACUGCCCUUCUCAUCAAGGUUGAUCAAUCAGGAAAUGGAGAUUUUAAGAAGAUACAAGAUGCUAUUGAUGCCGUGCCAUCUAAUAACGUUGACAAUGUCUUCAUAUGGAUUAAGCCUGGGACUUACAGAGAAAAAGUAGUGGUGCCAGCUGACAAGCCUUUCAUUACAUUGAGUGGAUCGAAGGCUAGUACAACCAUUAUAACCGGGAGUGACCGUGGCAAUAUAUUUGAGUCUCCUACACUUUCUGUAUUGGCUACUGACUUUGUGGCCCGAUAUCUCACAAUACAGAACACAUUCGGGGCUGGUGACAAAGCUGUUGCAUUGAGGGUUUCAGCAGAUAGAGCAGCAUUUUAUGUGUGCAGGAUAGUCUCUUAUCAGGAUACCCUCCUUGAUGACACAGGAAGACACUAUUACAACAACUGUUACAUUGAAGGUGCCACUGACUUCAUCUGUGGAAAUGCAGCUUCCCUCUUCGAGAGAUGCCAUCUGCAUUCGCAAUCAGAAGGAACCGGUGCAAUCACGGCGCAGAGAAGAGAAUCACCCUCAGAGAACACCGGCUACACAUUUCUGGGUUGCAAGAUCACAGGAGUGGGCACUUGCGUCUUAGGAAGGCCAUGGGGGCCUUACUCUAGGGUGGUGUUCACCAAAACUUUCAUGUCUAGUUCUGUACUACCUCAAGGAUGGGAUGACUGGGGUCGUCCAUCCACGCAUGGUACCGCGUAUUAUGGAGAGUACAAGAAUUAUGGACCAGGAGCUAAUUCUUCAGGAAGAGUUAAAUGGUCGCGAAACCUCACCGAUGAAGAGGCCAAGCCUUUCUUGACAAAGGACAUGAUCGGUGGGCGGGCUUGGCUUAGGCCUGCACCUACUUAUUUCCGGAGACCCUCUUGGAUCAUCUCCAACAAGGGUGACGGGAAUAAGUAGUAAAUGCAUGUUUUAUUACACAUUAUUGUAUUCAUUGAUCUUUCUCUUGAGAAAGAGACUUGUUUAUAUAAUAUGAGCUUAAGAAAUAAGAAUGGGCCAAAGAUUUUUCAUUA